AUGGAAAAUCAGAUGGAUAGAAACCUGGAGUUUUAUGCAGAAGAAGUCAGGAAAAGGCAAGAUUUGGAGAAAGAAAAGGAGGGAGAAAAACAAUUCCUUCGUACCUCACUACGUGGGUCUAGUCGUUUGCAAGCUAUUGAACAAUACAGGAGAAUCAUUAGAAGAGAUGAAUCCAAGAAGGCUGAAGUAAAUCAAGCAUUUGAAGAUGAUUCAAAGGUUGAAAGUAACACAGAACUCAUGGAACUUUUGUGCUAUCUACGGACGAAGAUGCCAGUUCUAAGAGAUGAAAAUGAGAAUAAAUUUCAAUCAUCAGACAUCACACUUCCAACAAACGAAACCACUUUGGAUUCCGAAACAGAACAAUGGGAGUGGCUUUUAAACGUUCUAUCCGAUCCAAGUUUAUCAAAAGCAUUUCUUAUGCAUGACAAAGUUGCGAAAGCAUAUGAGACUUGUAAAAGUGUUAUGCAUCCUAAACCGAGAUAUCGUUGGCCUGUUUUAGCUGGAUUGGCAUACGACACGAUGGAAGCUGUUAAAGAACAGUUAUUAACUGCAUUGAAGAAUCCGGGUCAAUUUGAUGCGUUUACUUUAAAUUGUAUUUCCGCAAUACUUAAUUUAUGCUCAUCCCCUUUAUUUCAGAACUUAUUAAUUGCUAUGGAUGGAUUAGCAAAUACAUGGCUUUUUGAUGCUGAUGAAGAUUUUGUUGCAUCUGAAAGUUUUGACAUGUCAGAGGAUAUCGAUAGAAACUCUAUUUCUAGUUCAUAUAUUCAAAAAUCUUCUGUCCCAGGUUGUUACGCUACACUUGCAUACGAUGAUCAAGGUCGUGACUCCUAUUCAGAACAUGGAGUUAGAUUAAAAUAUGUUAUUCUUCAAAAAACUGGUAAUGAAUUUUUGGGAGCUACAGUUCGUUUGGAAAGAAAUUCAAUUCUAAUUGCUCGGAUUGUUAAUGGGGGUUUAGCUUGUAAGACAAAUCUUCUUCACGAAGGUGAUGAACUGUUAUCUGUCAAUGGAAUUGAACUAAUGGGGAAAGAUUUGAAUACAGUAUGUGAUAUUAUGGCUUCACUACAUGGGAGAAUUAUUCUUCUUGUUGCACCGGCACUUGAUCCAUAUUCAUCAAUAUCGACUAAAGGAAUUAUACAUCUACGUGCAUUAUUUACUUAUGAACCCACUGACGACCGUUAUAUAGCAUGUAAAGAAUUGGGUUUAGGAUUUACCAAAGGAGACAUUAUACACGUUACAGGGAGGAAAGAUCCAAAUUGGUGGCAAGCUUAUCGGAGUGAUGAAGAACGUGGUUUGUCUGGUGCAAUAGGAACAUUAGCUGGUCUCAUACCUAGUCCAAUUUAUCAACGUAAUCGUGCUAUAUUACGCUUAAAAUAUUGGUUAACUAGUGGAACUGAAGACAUUGAAUUGGAAGAAGAUUCAACAGACUCUGAUUCAACUGGAUCAACUGUUAAUAAAGCGGAAAAGCCUACAAAUAAGUCGAAAGAGAAGAGGUUUUUGGGAAUAAAAUUUCCAACACUUAAAAAUGCACACUUUGGUAGUAGAUCUAUCUCACCAUCAAGUCGAGAUACUAAUCAAACUGAUUCAAAAAGUGAACUGACAUCUGUGAAUACAAGUGAAGGUGAUUUAACGGAUGGAGUUGUAUCUACACCGGAAGAUGAUUCACGUUGUGUAAUGAAUAGUACUGUGUUAAGUUCAGCUUAUGGCGAUCGUAUGUCUGGUUUAACAAAACCUACUGAUCUUUCCUCAGCUAAUGCAAUCAAUGAAUGGUCAGCUGCUGGACCAGUAUGGGGUCAACAUGGUUAUGAUCUUCGAACUCUACGUGCACGUCGUAAACGAAAUAGACGGAAACUCUCUUCAACAAAUAGAUCGUCUCCAUGUCUAGAAGGUUUAAGAUCCUGGAAAAAAGAUAAAAACCAUGGCGAGUAUUAUCCAUCUCUUGUUCCUGUCCCAGAUAAUGAAUUACAGUCGAGUGAUGAUCCUGUGGCAUGGUUAGAUAAAGAAGUUGCUCGUGGUUAUAUGAUCCAUUAUAGUUUAUGGACUUACGAACCUGUCGCUCAGUAUAUCCCACAACCACUUCGUAGACGGCCACUUGUGUUUGUUGGGCCAGCACAUGUUGGACGGCAACAAAUUUUACAGCAUCUCAUUCAACGAGAACCUGAUCGAUUUUUUCAAGCGGCUAUUUAUACAACAAAUUCAAAUUUGAAGGCAGAUACGAAAUUUUCUUAUAUUUGUAUUACAGAAGAAGAGUUUCGAUUAAAACGUAAACAAAAGGAAUUCAUUGAAUGGGGAUUAUUUAAUCGUGAUUAUUAUGGAACUAGUAAAUUAACUGUACAACAAUUAGUAAAUGAAGGCAAAAUAUGUUGUAUAUCUUUAAGACCUGAUUCUUUACGUAAAAUACGUUCAAGUGGUCUUGAUCCAUAUGUAAUAUUUAUUUCACCGCCAGAACGAGUAGAUGAUCUACAACGUUUACGUAAAAAUUUAAAUCUAACUGGUAAUUGUUCUAAUGAUGAAUUGAAAGCAUGUAUUGAAACAAGUCGUAAAAUGGAAUUACGUUUUGGUCAUUGGUUUGAUAGAGUAAUUAUUCCUGAAACAUUGGAUUCAACAGUUACAGAAUUAAUUCGUUUAGCUAUUAAACUUGAACGUGAACCAACUUGGGUACCAAGAUAUUGGUUAGAUCUCGAUUAA